GAUGCGAGUGCAUCAAAAGAAGUACUUGGAGGCCUUGGCUGCAAACUUUGGGAAGAGUGAAGGUCAUGUGGCUACUCCUCUUCCCUCAGGGUUCAAGUGUGUGAAAGGACCAGCGAAGGAAAGUGUUGGUGAAGAGGAGAGGCGCCGUUUUCACUCCUUGGUGGGCAGCCUCAUAACCAGAGGACAUGACAAGUGUGGGAGGCUUCAUCUGCUGUGUUGGUGGAGGCCCAACAGCUUGGGAGAGCAAGAAACAAGUGGACCAAGCAUUGAGCUCGGUGAAGUGGCAUUGGGUGAGGAGCAUGGUAACCGCGGGUGAAGUGGAGUUGCACUACGUGAAGACGACGGCACAGCCAGCUGAUAUGAUGACCAAGAGGCUGGUUGAGCAGCAGCAUUGGAAGUGUUGCAAGCUUGCUGGGAUGGCUCUGAACUAAGGGGAGCAGAUUCUAAGGCCAACAAUCCG